AUGCCUUGUCUCGGUCUUGGCAGUGCCAGGGACUACAAGGUGUCGCUUCCAGCUGUGGAGGAGGACCGAAGACCCGACCAAACUACGCUCGAUGAUCGCUGGGGCGUUUGGGAGGCAAGAAGCUGCGAUGCUUCAGUUCACGUGGUCCGUCUUCAUCUUGCCGGAGAGGAGGUUCUGAGCUGCUUCUCAACAAGAGAGGACGCUCUGGCCUUCCAGCUUGAGCAGCUGCAUUCAAAGCUUUCAUGGCCACGCCAAGUGCUUGACCAGUUACCAGAAAGAUCUCGGAUGUGGGAUCACCCGGAGGAGCUGGAGGUGCUGAAGCAGUAUGCAUUUCGCGACGUCACCCUUGCACGAAAGGAUUCGGUUGAAGACCCUGCCGAAGGUCAUGCGCUGACACUUCCCCAGUUGGAGUCCUACCGGGACCGUGGCUUCCUGCUGGGAUUGCAGAUCCUGGAUGGUGAGGAUCUGGCCAGUGCUCGGAGAGACUUCGACGACAUGCUGGCAGAGCGCACAGACAGGGCGCCCGAUGAUGAGUUCAGAUUCCGUGCGGCACAUACCCUGAGUCGCCCGCUGCACCAGGCUUCAAUGCCCUCAGACGGAUGCAGCCGAGUGUAUGUGUUGCAGGUGACGCUUGCCUGCCUUCUUUGGUGUCUUUUUGUUUCCUUAAUUCCCAUCUAUGCCAAGCGCGUUUUUGAUGGUGGCUUUGGAUUCGGCAAGUUUCCAUACCCUUGCUUCGCUGCGCACAUGCAGCUGGCUGCUGCAAGCCUCCUGCUUGGCAUCGUCCAUCUCUCGCAGUACACAAUGUCCUGCACCGCCAGCACCGGGUCAGGCCAAGCAUCAUGGCUUCUCGGGCCCCACUUGUGCUUCAAGUUGAAGUACGCAAGUCCACCAGGUAUGGCUUUCGGGUUCAAGUAUGCGGUCACCAAUGUGGCCCUGUCACUGGUGGAUAACUCUACGCACGUGCUCCUGGGUGCCACUGAGCUGCUGUGGGUCUUGGCCCUGGCAGUUACGAUCAACUCGGAGCGACCGGGUGUUCUGGAAGUGACGGCCGUCCUGGUAAGCUUGGCCGGUAACAUUAUUGUGGCCUUGGGCCUGGCAACUGGCAUCGAUGCACCCUUUUGGCCUCUCUUCCUGAACCUCUUGGCUCCCUUUAUUGGUGCUCUCUGCAUCUCAACGCUUCGGAAGGGUGUGGCCGGCCUCUUUGACCCAGGGAACAGGCUGGGCGGUACAACGAGCCUAGUCGAGUUCACAGUUCUGAAAUUGGCGGUGGCCUCGCUUGCAGCCCUUGUCUCAGCCAUGGUGUUGGAGAGCGGACUCUGGUCUUUUCAGAAAAAUCCAGACCCUUGGUGGAAAGCACUGGCUGCCUACCCUGUGGCCGGUGUGGCGACAAUACUGGCCAGCGGCGUUUUGACUUCCGUUCUUCAUGUCACACUUGCUUGGUUGGCGUGGCUAACAUCGGCCAUGGCAGUUGGUCUUCUUGGCGAGGUCAAAGUUUUACCUCAAUGGUCCCUCAAUCAAAUCUUCGGAACCAAGCAUGUGCUUUCAUCUUCCUAUUUACUUGGUGCUGGACUGGGCAUUGCUGGAGCAUUGCUGUAUGCUGCUGCCAACCUGAUAGCUCAGACGCGAGGCAAGCUGAUCCUCAAUACAUCCGGGUUCUCAUUUCAGCCUAGGGAGGAUGCCAAGCCGCCGCAAAGCCAGUCGGCAGAGAUGUACAUAGCGAGCUCACCCUCUGCCUCUAGUCGGUCAGGCACAGAGUCACUCACUGGCGUGGAGGCGAGCGACAGCAACAUCCGCGAGUUUUCUGUUCACAUGGCUUUGGUGCAGAAGAUGGCGACCAGCCCCAGGGUUUUGGCCAUCGUCCAGGCCGGGAUCUCGCCACAAUUCUGCUGCUGGAGCGCUCACCUCUUUUGCAAGCUGCCCGGGGAUCCGACCUCCCAGCCGUGGCACCAGGAUGCGGGCUUCUGGCCUUUGUCGGAGUCGCGGGCGGUGACCUUGUGGAUCGCUUUCGAUGACGUGGACGAGUCCAAUGCGGCCGUUCAUUUCAUAGAGGGCAGUCACCGCUUUGGGCGAUUGCCAUGGAAGGCAACCAAUACCACCCACCACCUGCUGACGCAGGAGAUCCCGGAUGUAGAGCUCCUGGGUGCGCAGGUGGCCUUCCAUCGAGAUUGGAUGCACCGUGUGCAGCUCGGAAAGGGCAUUGAUAGUUUUGAGAUGUUCGUGGUGUGGGUCUUUGCAUUGAGCUCUGAGGUUACGAAUGCAGUUGUACCAGUUGUCCUGAACCUAGUCUCAUCGCUCUGA